AUGCCUGGCAGUGGAAAGAGUCAGUUCCAGGAGCGUAAAGAAUGCCCUGAGGCUCAAAAAGAGGCUCCAGGCCCGGUAGCUGCACAGGUUCCUGUAACUGAGGAGGAAGCUUCCUCCUCCUCUCUUUCUCCUUUGAUCCCGGAGACCACAAAGAUUGUGCUUGCUGCUGGAAUAUCAAGUGUUCCCCAGACUACCCAGGGAGCCUGCUCCUUCCCCCCUGCCACCGAAGCCAUUCCAUCAGGCAAAUUAAAUGAGGGCUCCAGCAGUCAAGAGGGUCCAAGCACCUCACAGGCUCCACCAAAUCCGGAGUCCCUGUGCACAGGAGGGCUGCAAAAGAAGGUGGCUGAAUUGGUGAAAUACCUGAGUAUCAAGUAUGUAUCACAGGAGCCUAUCACAGAGGCAGAAUUACUGGAGAAUGUCAUGAAAGAGCACAAGGAUCACUUCCCUGAGAUCUUCAAGAAAGUCUGUGAGUGCAUGGCAGUUGUUUUUGGCAUUGAAGUGAAGGAAGUGGACCCCACCAGCCACACCUAUGUGCUUGUCAAAAUACUAGACCUCACCUAUGAUGGGAUAGUUAGUGAUGACCAGGGCAUGCCCAAGACUGGCUUCCUGAUACUAAUCUUGGGCAUAAUCUUUAUGGAGGGUAACCGUGCCCCAGAAGAGAGAAUCUGGGAAGUGCUUAAUAUGAUUGGGGUAUAUGCUGGGAGGGAGGAUUUUAUCUAUGGGGAGCCCAGGAAACUCAUUACCAAAGAUUUAGUGCAGGAAAAGUACCUGGAGUGCCAGCAGGUGCCCAACAGUGAUCCUCCACGCUACGAGUUCCUGUGGGGUCCAAGAGCCUAUGCUGAAACCACCAAGAUGAAAGUCCUUGAGUUUUUCACCAGGGUCACUGGGACUGACCCCACUGCCUUCCCACGCUGGUAUGAGGAUGCUUUGAAAGAUGAGAGACAGCGAGCUGAGGCCAGUGCUGCCACCGGUGGUGGUAUUACCACAACAGCUAGUGAAAGUUCCAGUAUCACGUCCAGCAGCUUCAGUCCUGAGUAAAGUUUGAGGCAGUUUCUCCAGUUUUUGAAGAGGAAAAUCAAGAUUCUAUGUGGUGGAGUGUUGAAUUGCAGAUUUUACCUUUUUAUUUUUUAGGCUAUAUUUCAAAUGUUCUUUCUCUUAAAAGAUUAGCUUCAGAGUUUAGGUUUGUGAAUGAUAUUGGUCAUGUAUUUAGUGCUGUUUAACAGGUUUAAGGAUAAGAAUUUUGCUGCUCUGUAAAAUAAAAUGGGGAGCCUUACAUCUCAUUUUGUGAUCAGCAAGAUAACAUGGCAUUGGAAUAGGAACAAUGUAAAAGUGCAGCAAUAAAAAAGAUGAGAUCAAGAAAUUGGGAGAAAAUGUACAAG